AUGGGAUUGGCAUCUAAACUCGCAGCUGCUCAAGCUGGAUCAGGAGGAGGUGGAGGAGGGGGCGGAGGGGGCGCACAGUACGGUGGUCAACAGCCGUCUGGACAAUAUGGUCAAUCCCAACCACAGCAGUCGUAUGGUCAAUCUCAACCAUCACAGCCACAUCAAUAUGGUCAAUCUCAAAUGAGUGGGCAAUAUGCUCCCCCUUCAGGCGCACCACCUCCUCCACCCGCCAGGCCCGGACAAGGAGGCUAUGCUCCACCUUCCGGAGCUCCACCCUCGUACGGUGGUGGACAAGGCCAAGGACAGCCAUACGGUCAGCAACAGCAGUACGGUGAGCCACAAGGUCAAUACGGCCAACAACCCCAAGGACAAGGACAUCCACAAGGUCAAUAUGGGCAACAAGGCCAAGGCCAAGGCCAAGGCCAAUACGGUCAACAGCCUGGUCAAUACGGCCAACAACCCGGUCAACAGCAAUAUGGUCAACAACCUGGCCAAUACGGUCAACAACCGGGUGGAUAUGGUCAACAGCAACAAUACGGCGCUCCAUCUGGUCCUCCUCCAGGAGCCGGUGCAGGUAACACUGGAAACCCACAAUUCCUUUUGCAGACGCUGCAACAAUGUGUCCAGGACCAAAAAAUCCAGGCUUUCUACCCACCUGGUUCCCUCGACAUGAUCGCGGCAAAAGUCGCUAGUUCUGGUGCAUUGGCAAAGGUCGCCAAUGAGUGGCGAAUGCCCAUGGAGCUAGCGGGAGACUUGGUCAAGAUCGCCCUGUUCGACGUCAUUCUCUACAUCGACGACUCUGGAUCCAUGGCGUUCGAAGAAGGAGGAGAGCGAAUUGAUGACUUGAAGUUAAUCCUCUCCCGAGUCGCCUAUGUCACGUCCCUGUUCGACGACGACGGUAUCCAGGUCCGAUUCAUGAACAACCGAAUAGAAGGGAACAAUAUCUCUUCCGAAGCUCAGGCUCUGCAAUUGGUCCAACAGGUCAAGUUCUCAGGUCUCACUCCCCUCGGAACCUCAAUGAAUCAGAAGAUCAUCCAACCCCUUGUCGUUGGACCUGCCCGAAGCAAUGCUUUGAAGAAGCCCGUCUUGAUCAUCACGAUAACUGACGGUACACCCGCUGGAGAGAACAAGGACGAAAUUUUCAACGUUAUCGGGCGAGCGGACCAAGAGCUAAGAAGGACGAGAUACGGACCUGACGCUGUGUCCUACCAAUUCGCUCAAGUUGGAAACGAUCUCAAAGCGACGAAGUUCCUCGAAGAACUCGACAACCAUCCUCAGAUCGGAGGUCUGGUCGACUGCACGUCAAACUUUGAAGUAGAACAAGCUGAGAUGUCCAGGAAGAGCGGCGUCGACCUCACACCGGAGAUGUGGCUCGUCAAACUACUUAUGGGACCCAUUGAUAGCUCUUACGAUACCAAGGGUGAGCCAGUGCUUACUGCCAGUGAACAGCCAGCUCACAAAGUGAUAUACUCAGAUGAGUAA